GGGACUGCAGCUUGUUCGAAUUCGAUGGUCGCUCCAGCCGUGGCUGCGGUAACGCACUGGACAAGACGAUGGCACGAGGCAAAGAGCUCUGCGUCGCUGCGGAGAUUGUGCAUCGGCGCGCCGACAUUCGCCGCGCGACGAGCCUCCGCGACCUCGACGUGCACGUCAUCCCGCUCGACGACGACGACGACGAUGUGUUUCUUCCAUGGACGGCGACGCAGUACGAGGUCGUGCUCGAGUACCGGACCAGCGACUUAAGUUGGAAGGUCCAGUGCACCUACCGCGACGUGCGGCGGUACCUCAAGCGCGUGCGCAGCCUCGCCAAGAACGCCAAGUGCGCGCGCCUCCAGCAGCUGCGCGCCGAGACGCGCCGGAUCGUGCUCUGCGCGAUCUUUGCCGAGAAGGCGCCCGUGAUUGCCAAGCUCUUGAGCUUGGUGUUCGUCGCGAUGGCGGCGACAGCCAACCAAGUCGCGACCUGCGACGUGCACCGCGACCUCCUGCAUGCGACCAACGACUUUUGCGCGAUCGAGUACCCGCUCGAGUUGCGCGCGAGCCAGCUCAUGCGCCAAAUGUCAUUGGUGCACGGCGUCGAGGACGACUGCUGCAUCUGCCUCUGCGCCGGCGACGGCUCGCACGUCGCGCUGCGCUGCGGCCACGUCUUCCACGAAGCCUGCAUCUGCGUGUGGUACUCCACGCGGCUCAAUUGCCCCGUCUGCCGGCAAUAGCCACGGCUUUGUCUAUUUAUCUUGCAUGACCUUUCCC